CGAGGGGGUGUGAACAAUCCCACAAGUGAACCUGAAGUGUGUCAUCCGUCAGACGGUAGAUGUCUCUGUAGUCCAUACAGCUGACUCCCUGCUGUCUUCAUGGACCCAGCCGCCAUUUUGAAAAGCAAACCGUUCACAGCACACCCGUUUUGAGUACAGGAACUAUGCCGCGGGGCCGGCCUCGCAAACUGAACCUAGACAGGGAGGACAAGCCAGGUUUCAGUGAUGGAGCGAAGGAGAAGAAGUGCACAAUCUGCUCCCAGAUCUUCAGUAAAGAAGGCAAGCUGCAGAAGCAUCUUCGUGAGCACGAGCUCAAUGAUAAGCCUCAUCGCUGUGACCAGUGCCCACAAACGUUUAAUGUGGAGUUCAAUCUCACGCUACACAAGUCCACACACACCACRUCUGACUUCACCUGCCCUGUUUGCAAUAAAAAGUUCUCCCGUAUCGCAGGCCUCAAGUCCCACGUCAUGCUGCACAAAAAAGAGGAGAACCUUAUCUGCUCAGAGUGCGGAGAUGAGUUCGUUCUUCAGAGUCAGCUCUCUCUGCACCUGGAGGAGCACCGGAAGGAGCUCUCCGACAUCAGGGUGUACAUCUGCAAAACCUGUGGCAAAGAGCUCAAGACGUUCGCAGAAUUCAGAGAGCACACCAAGGGUCACAUCAAGAUGAGGGCACUAUCCAAUAGUUCCAGAAACUACAAGAAAAACAUAGAUCGGAGUGGGUUCACAAACAGCUGCCAUCACUGUGGAAAGGCUUUCAAAAAGCCCAGCCAGCUCGUCAGACACAUCCGAAUACACACAGGUGAAAGACCCUACAAGUGCACACACUGCAACAAGGCCUUCAACCAGAAGGUGGUGCUGCAGACUCACAUGGUGAAACACACGGGAGAGAAACCUCACCUCUGCAUGUUCUGCCCUGCAUCUUUCUCCCAGAAGGGGAACCUUCACUCUCAUGUUCAGAGGGUUCAUUCUGAGACUAAAGGUGUACCUCUGUUCCCGUGCAUGGACUGCAGCUGUGUGUUUAAGAAGUUGGGGAGUCUGAAUGCCCACAUCAGCAAGAUGCACAUCUCUGUAAUUGAGGUGCCCUCCAGCAAUCCGGAGACUGAGAUACCAGGUCAGACUGCAGGGGCAUCAGAGGGUGGUGAGGGGGUGACAGAUGUCAUCCAGCAGCUCCUGGAGCUGUCAGAGCAGGUCAGCGGGGAGACGGCCCAGCCUCCGCCUCCAGAGACAGCCAUUGCCAUGGAAACUGCUAUCAACCAGGACAUCCUGCAGCAAGCUUUGGAGAACAGCGGACUGAAUGUUGUCCAGCCACAGAGCGACACCCCAUCCAGAGAGCCGCAGAAUCAGAACACCGAGGYCGCAGCUGCAGAGAGCAAGAAAGAGCAGGUUCCAGACAAAUCACCAAGGGAGAAAAAGAGGAGCAUUUUCAAGAAACCUAUACAAAUGCCUGGCUCAAUCAGGGAGGAGGACGGUGUUCGCUGGCAUGGCUGCCCGUACUGCUCCAAAGAGUUCAAAAAACCAAGUGACCUUGUUCGCCACAUCCGCAUCCACACCCACGAGAAGCCWUUCAAGUGCAAACAGUGUUUCAGAGCAUUUGCUGUGAAGAGUACUCUCACGGCACAUAUGAAAACACACACUGGUAUUAAGGCCUUCGAGUGUCAGUGCUGUUUGAARUGUUUCUCCACUUCAGGCAGCAUGAAAGUACACAUGCGGCUGCACACAGGUAUGCGACCUUUCCCUUGUCCUCACUGUGAAAAGGUCUUUCGUACAUCCGGCCACAGGAAAACRCACAUUGCUUCUCACUUCAAAAGCUCUCAGCUGAAGAAGAACAAAUUUCCACGCAAAACCCACAAAACCAAAGCRUCCAAAAGCGUCUUACCUGUUCCUGAUAUCCCCUUACAGGAACCCAUCCUCAUCACUGACUAUGGUAUGAGUGCUGGUCACAUACAGGAGAAAGGCCGUACAAAUGUAUUCAGUGCAGUCGUGGUUUUGCCUCAUCAGGAGUCCUCAAAGCUCACAUCCGGACCCACUCAGGCCUGAAGGCAUACAAGUGUGUCAUAUGUAACACAACAUUCACAACCAGUGGAAGCCUGCGGCGCCACAUGACUACUCACAGUGACCUUCGCCCUUACAUGUGCCCCUACUGUCAGAAGACUUUCAAGUCAUCACCUAACUGUAGGAAGCACAUGAAGACGCACAGGUAUGAAUUGGCACAGCAGCUGCAACCACAGUCUGGUGAGGAUCCCUUAGGAGCAGGUGCUGUGGCCCAUGAUAUGCCAGUGGAAAUGGAGGCAGAGUCCCUCCCACAGGCCUCUGCUGCCACAUCAGAGCAGCAAGACAUUCUGGAACUGGGCCAGGCAGAAGUUGUGAAUGGAGACCAGCAAGUGACACUGGAGGCUCCUCUGACCAACCAGCCACUAGUUCCAGAUGAAGUGACAGACUCAUAUGUGACAACACAACACUCUUUGCCUCAGAAUAUCAGCCAGUUUGAAACACCAGCACUUCCUCAGUCUGCAUUUGACCAACAAGCGCUAACACAAGGCUUCACCAUGACUGAACCAAGCUACAAUCAGACUCAUUUUUCCACGGUUCAGCAGCUGCAGGAUUCCAGCACUCUGGAGUCCCAGGCUCUUUCCUCCAGCUAUCAUCCCCCAAACUUACUGCACGUUCCCAGCACAGAAGUGACAAAUGGGCUACUUCAGCAGAGCAGUCAAAAUGAUCUCCAGCUGUCAACAGAAACUCCAAACUACCAGGAAGACAGUGAAGACAACACAAAGAGAACUUACAGGUGCAGCUGGUGCCCUAAAGGUUUCAAAAAGUCUAGCCAUCUGAAGCAGCACAUCCGAUCCCACACAGGAGAGAAACCAUACAGCUGUGAUCUCUGCGGAAGGGGUUUUGUUUCAGCUGGAGUCCUCAAGUCUCACCUCAAUACUCACACAGGAGUGAAACCAUUU